AAAUUCUCAAAUGUGAAGAGACUACUGUAACAUUUAAAAGAAUAUAAGGCUUUAUUAAAUGGUAAAAUCAGUUGUACUGUUUUCUUUGAUUUUAUUAGGCAAAAAAGCUCCUGUUUUAUUUAGUAAAGAAAUGAUCGAGUCAAUGAAGGAAGGUUCAGUUGUUGUGGAUUUAGCUGCAGAGGCUGGUGGAAAUUUUGAAACCACUAAGCCAGGAGAACUUUAUAUUCAUAAGGGAAUUACUCACAUAGGCUACACAGACCUCCCCAGCCGAAUGGCCACUCAGGCCAGCACUCUGUAUUCCAAUAACAUCACCAAACUCCUGAAGGCCAUCAGCCCUGACAAGGAUAAUUUUUAUUUUGAAGUGAAAGAUGACUUUGACUUUGGUACAAUGGGUCAUGUCACUAGAGGAACUGCAGUGAUGAAGGAUGGCAAUGUGAUUUUCCCAGCCCCCACACCAAAAAAUAUUCCUCAAGAUGCUCCAGUAAAACAGAAGACAGUGGCUGAGCUGGACGCUGAAAAAGCAGCUGCCAUCACUCCAUUUAGGAAGACGAUGACUACGUCAUCUGUGUGUGCAGCUGGUCUCACUGGGAUGCUGGGUUUGGGUCUUGUGGCUCCCAACUUAGCCUUUUCUCAGAUGGUAACCACUUUUGGCCUGGCUGGCAUUGUGGGGUACCAUACUGUCUGGGGAGUGACCCCCGCUCUCCACUCACCACUGAUGUCUGUGACUAAUGCGAUCUCAGGGUUGACUGCAGUUGGUGGGUUGGCACUGAUGGGAGGACAUUUGUAUCCUUCUACAACUUCUCAGGGUCUUGCUGCUCUUGCUACAUUCAUAUCCUCAAUCAACAUUGCAGGUGGAUUUCUGGUGACUCAGAGAAUGCUGGACAUGUUCAAGCGCCCCACGGAUCCCCCAGAGUACAAUUACCUGUAUCUGCUUCCUGCUGGUACCUUUGUGGGUGGAUAUCUAUCUGCCCUCUACAGUGGUUAUAACAUUGAACAAAUCAUGUACCUAGGCUCUGGCUUGUGCUGUGUCGGUGCCCUGGCUGGCCUUUCCUCUCAGGGAACAGCUCGUCUUGGUAAUGCAUUGGGCAUGAUUGGGGUUGCUGGAGGCCUGGCAGCUACACUUGGAGGCCUAAAACCGGAUCCAGAAUUGUUAGCUCAGAUGUCUGGAGCAAUGGCUUUGGGUGGUACCAUUGGAUUGACGAUUGCCAAACGCAUCCAGAUUUCUGAUUUACCUCAGUUAGUUGCUGCUUUCCACAGUUUAGUGGGAUUAGCAGCUGUACUUACUUGUAUAGCUGAGUACAUCAUAGAGUAUCCACAUUUUGCUAUGGAUGCUACAGCAAAUCUCACCAAGAUUGUUGCCUACCUUGGCACUUACAUUGGUGGAGUCACCUUUAGUGGGUCUCUUGUUGCCUAUGGAAAAUUACAGGGUAUCCUGAAGUCUGCACCUCUCCUACUACCUGGAAGGCACUUACUUAAUGCAGGCUUGCUGGCUGCUAGUGUGGGUGGGAUAAUCCCAUUUAUGGUGGACCCCAGCUUUACCACUGGCAUUACCUGUCUGGGCUCUGUGUCAGCUCUCUCUGCUGUCAUGGGUGUGACUUUGACAGCUGCUAUUGGGGGUGCGGACAUGCCUGUUGUCAUCACUGUACUGAACAGCUACUCAGGCUGGGCUCUGUGUGCAGAGGGCUUCCUGCUUAACAACAACCUGCUGACCAUCGUGGGCGCACUCAUUGGCUCCUCUGGUGCUAUACUGUCAUACAUCAUGUGUGUG